GGCCACAAUCAGUAGAACUGUAGUCGCUCGGCCAUUUGCCUUACCGUGAUCAGUGAGCUUAGCACCUUUGGCCACGAAACAGCGGGAGCUUACCGUACGGAAGUUCUCAACGCUGGAGCUUUCUAGAAGGAAUCAGACGUUUAAUUGAUAAUGGACAACAGCACUAAGAGUGAAGACCCGCCAACCACGGAAGACUCAGCGCCUGUAAACGUGUCGACGCCGCAAGUUGCGAGUGUAGUUGCAGAACCUGCAGUUGGUUCCGACGCUGCGGCCGUUGAAGCUACCAAAGCCGGUUCUGAUGCUGGGAAUAUAGCUGAUGCUGAAGCGGCGACAGGGUCAGACGCUAAGGCCGUUUCUGAAGCUAAGACCGACGUCGAAAAUAAACCCGCGUUUGAACCGAAGGCAGACGCUGAGGCUAAGGCUGACGCUGCAGAUAAGGUUGACGUUGAAGCUGUAGCGGGUCCUGACUCUAAGGCUGGCACGGAUAAGGCUAAUAUCGAAGCUGAAGCUAAGGUGGAUGUUGGUAACAGUGGCGUCGCUACUAUGACUGACGUUGCGACGACCGACGUUGCAGUGAAGCCCUAUGGCGAUGAUAAGGCCGGCACGACGGACAGCGAACCUAAGGCUGACGUCGACGCUACAAUUAUUGACGAUCCAUGGGCUGUCGACGUUGAGCCAGCCGCUACAGCCGUUGAACCAGCCACCAUGGAAAUCGAUGGUGGUGCAUCGGUAGCCGGAGACGGUGCUUCGAUACAAGGAAAGGGGGAUGCGGCACCUGCUGCUGCGGCAGUGUACCUGGGCCGUCUCGUUAGAAAAGACUUCGGUGGUGUGCCGUACCUUGGGCGCGUGUUCCACUACGACCGCGAGGAGAAGUGGUACAAGGUUCGAUAUGAAGAUGGGGAUGCUGAGGACCUGGAAGUUCCAGAGGUGAAGCAGUUGCUACUAUCGGAGGAAGAGGAGAAGGCUGCUAACGCGGACAUCGACACCUGGCCUGAAGCCAACAAAGCCGUGCUGUUUGGUGAAAGAACAGAGGCUGCGUCGGAGGAGUCAACACCAAGCAGGCGAGGCAGGGGCAGACCACGAAAAAAUCGGGAUAGCACUGACGCUGCUGCCCCUGCUGCUGCUGCUGCCCCUGCUGCUGCUGCUGCCCCCACUGCUGCCCCCACUGCUGCUGCUUCUUUCCCUUCACCUGUUGCAGCCGCUGCUCCUGCUCAUACUGCAGCAGCUGCUGCUCCUGCUGCUGCUGCUGCUGCUGCUGCUGCUGCUGCUGAUCCCGCGUCUGUUGCGGCCACUUCCCCCGCAUCUGCAGCUGCUCCCGCUCCCCCUCCCGCAACUGCAGCUGCUGCCGCAACUCCUGCUCCCGCGCCUCCUGCUAAUCUAGCUACUCCUUCUCCCCCUGCCCCUCCUCCUGCUGCUGCUGCCGCUGCUGCUGCUGCUGCUACUCCUGAGAAAUCCCAAAGUGCAAUCACGGCACUGGGAAAGCGCGUAAGAUGGGCAGGGGAAGAAGCUAUUCACUCAGAUUCUUUAGCCAGUGGUGGAGAACAGGAGGGGGAGCCUUACAGCAAGAGGGGGAGGGGGGCCGGAGUAGGUGCUGCUGGGGUUUAUGAUGGUUCUGGCACCAGGGCUUAUCAUAUGUCAGACUUUGCCGGAGCAGACGAUGGGAAUUACCAGGGGGUAGACGCGGGGUUGUAUCAGGGUGCUUCUGCAGCAGCGGUAGGAGGAGCAGGAGGAGGGCAGCAUUACAGUCCGGAAGGGGGGGUGGUGUAUUGGGAUGAGCAGAUGGGAGUAGGGAGUGGGGGGAGGAGAGGGCGAGGGAGAGGAAGGGGGAGGGGGAGAGGACGGGGGAGGGGGAGAGGGAGAGGAAGAGGGAGGGGGAGAGGGCGGGGAAGGGGGCGAGGCAGAGGGAGGAGUGCUUAUAGUGAAGCAGCUUGGGCGUAUCCCGAGGGCUAUUACCCCAACGGAAAUUACCCCAGUUACCCAGGAGAUGGUGCUGAUUGGUCCAGUGCGGGCGAUUGGGGGGGGUUUAACGGUAUGGGAGGGCCUGGGGGGAAAGUGGUGGGGAAGAGGGUGCUAAAGGACUUUGAAGGGGUGCUGACUGAAGGAAAGAUCACGGCGUUCGAUGAAGAGACGAAGAAAUACACGGUGGAGUAUGAGGGUACUGAACACUCGAUGCUGGAGGUGCUCAUAUGGAAGGGAGUGGAGAGCAUUCUGGUGGUGGGGGAGGACAACUACAUACCCGAGGAGGAGGAGGCGGAGGAGGAAGAGGUACCAGAGGUCGAGGAGGUGCCGCUGGUGGCGACUCACCAGCCAGAGGGGGUGGAGGAGGUGGGGGGAAAGGAAACUGAGGAGGUGGUAAUUGCAGCACCGCCAGUGCCAGAAGGGUUAGAAGCGCACAAAGUGAAAGAGGUGGGGCUGGUGUCGGCUCAAGGGGCAGAGGGACUAGUGGGGGCAGUGGGGAAAGAGAUGCACACCAAGGGCGCAGAGGCGACUGUGAUGCAAGUGGAUGGUGCAGAAGAGAGAGUGACACAACGGGGGGGUGGGGAUGUGGUGGUAGGGGAAGAGGUAACAGUUUCACAUAUGGACGUAACAACUUCCCAGGUGGGACUGACGGAAUCUCAGUUGGAAGUAACCGCGUCUCAAAUGGAUGUAACAGCGUCACAGAUCGACGCAGCUUUUGCGUCGACACAAGUGUCGUUUCAGUUUGAAGUAACAGAGUCUCAGAUCGAGGUGACUCCGACCCAGGUUGAGGUCACUGCGUCGCAGAUCGAGGUGGCGAAUGCAGUGAUGGAGGAGAUGGUCAUGGAGGACGCUGUGAUAAUGGUUCUGGAAGAUGCUGUGGUUGUGGCGACUGGGGCAGAGGCAGGCGAGGCAGGUGGGGCAUGGGGGGCAGGUGAGGGAGGCGAGGGAGGGGGGGGGGGGGGGGGGGGGGGGGGGGGGGGGGGGGGGGGGGGGGGGGGGGGGGGGGGGGGGGGGGGGAGGGGGAGGGGGAGGGGGGGGCAGAGGGGGGCAGAAGCAGCUGGUGGCCCUGUCCCUCCAGUAGAGGAAGCAGCAGCAGCAGCAGCAGCAGCAGCAGCAGCAGCAGCGGUCGCAGAGGCAGAGGCAGGGGCUGAAGCAGCGGGUGACCCGGUGCCUGCAGCAGAGGAAGCAGCAGCAGCGGUUGCAGUAGCAGCAGAACAGGCCGAGGCUGCAGCUGUAGCGGGGGAAGAGGCUGGAGUUACCAAUGCUGAGGUUGAGGUUGAGACAGUUCCUGUAGAGGAGGGAGUGGUUGCAACUGUGACUGAUGCUGAGGCAGAGACUGCAGCUGUAGCCGAGGCAGCCAUUGCAGCAGAGGCUGUAGCAGCGGCUGUAGCAGAGGGAGAGACUGCAAGUGCAACAGACACCGAGGUUGAGACUGCGGCUGUAGCAGAGGCAGACAUUUCAGCUGGGGAUGCACCUGUAGCUUUUUCGGAGGCAGCUGUAGCUGGCGUUUACGCUACAGACGUGGCCACGGCAGAAGUGACAGGGGCAACAGAGGCAGCAACAGCAGCAGCAGUGGAUAGUGCUGGAAUGGAAGAGGCUGAAGCAGGGACUGCUUCAGUAGCCAUAGAGCAGGGAUAAGUGCAGCUUUUUUGUCUGAGCAAGGAGGAUAAUAUGAUGAUGCAGGUCGUGCGGAGUCGGAAUUCUAUUGAGGCACGGGGUUGCUUGCAUGUUCUGCAAGUUUGAAUGACUUUUUUUUGUUUGUCAAUCUAAUUGACAGCUAUUGGAUAGGG